AUGGCGCCCGCACGCCAACCGCCUCAGCCGUUCGCAAAGGACGAAAAGGUCCUCUGCUUCCACGGCGAGAUGCUGUAUGAGGCAAAAAUUCUCGACAUCCAGACCGCUGAAUCUGGCGAAGGCUUCCAGUACCGCAUCCAUUACAAGGGAUGGAAGAACACUUGGGACGACUGGGUUUCUAUCGACCGCAUUCGUAAAUUCACUGAGGAGAAUAAGGAGCUGGCCAGCCAGUUGCACGCCCAGAUGAAGGAUCUCCGCCAGAAGAGCAGUGCCAAGGCCCCAAAGAAGGGAGCUCGCGCCAACGGAACCGACUCAGCCCGCGGUAGUGAGGAGCGGACUGCGGGAGUUGCUGCCAGCGGUCGUGGCCCUCGACGGGCGAGAGAUUUUGAUCUGGAACAGCGGAAGGCGAAAGGGUCUUUACUUUCCUCGACGUUUCUGCCCACGAGCAGCUUUUUCCCUCGACACAAUUCUUCUUUGCCAACCACUUUUACAACCAAAUCCUUUCUCCGAUACCUUGGUCGCUGGUCUCGACAAAUUUUCAACACCAAAACAUACAGCCCGCUGGCUUCGGGUCUUCUUUUCUCAGUAAUCGUUUUCUUCCAUAAUUUCGUCCACACCGAAAUUCCCAUCGCCAACAUGAGUGUGUCUUGGGUAUCGGCCGAUUCCCAGCGUGGCUGGAGGCACGAACAGCAAAGAAACCUCCAUACCCGUGAACCUUCACCAGAGGUUUUCGCUCGAUUCUCGACUUACUACCGCGCCCCUGUCAUGGCCGGCCAACAGCAGGUCGUGGAAGAGAAUGAGAACGAGGGAGAAGAGAAGGAUUACGACUAUCGUCGGCCCGAAUCAUCUACAGACGAAGAGGAAGAGGACUACGUGUACAGGCCGGAUGCCACAAGGCGGCGAGCACGCGAUUCCAAAAACACUGGCUGGAAGGAACCACGCCUGGCUGCGGACUACUUGUGCCAGCCGGCUCCUCGCACCAAGACAUAUGUCACCAAGGAUGGAAGGACCAACUUCGACGGUCGCUAUGCUCUCAAGCCCAAGCCCCGCAAGAGGGAACAGCCGGUCCGUCAGAGGCGAGGUGCCAACUCACCGAUGGACAAGCCAAAGGAAGAAGUCAGCCCAGAGCACUAUGACCUUGCAACCCCAUGGCUACCAGUAACCGUAUGUUGGACUACAUGCAACUGGGAGAAAUCGCACGGCCAGGAGCCCAGUGGCUGCGGCAUUUUGUUUUCCUUUUUUUCAUGUUGCGAUUGCCAGAUUACACCUGGUCUUCAGGAGGAUAGUUUCCAUGCUCGUCCAUCCAUCAAGUUGCCCAUUCCUGAUCACAUCAAGGCGAUGCUCGUGGACGACUGGGAGAACAUCACCAAGAACAACCAGCUGGUACCUCUUCCCCAUCCUCAUCCUGUUGAUGAGAUCUUGAACGACUACUUGGCUUUCGAGAAGCCUAACAGAGAGGACGGCUCAGCCAACAUGGACAUCCUCGAGGAAGUCCUCGCUGGUCUCCGCGAGUACUUUGAGAAGUCACUCAGCCGCAUUCUUCUGUACCGCUUUGAGCGCCCCCAAUACCACGAGAUCCGCAAGGAUUGGGAGAAGGCCGGUGAGAAUGACACGCACAAAUCUGUGUGCGACACCUAUGGUGCCGAGCACUUGUGCCGCCUGAUGGUUUCCUUACCUGAGCUGGUUGCCCAGACGAACAUGGAUCAUCAGUCCGUUGGCCGUCUUCGCGAGGAGCUCUCCAAGUUCACUGUCUGGCUUGGCAAGCAUGCGAAGAACUACUUCGUCAGCGAGUACGAGACGCCCUCCCAGGAGUAUAUCGAUAAGGCACGGGGUUUCUAG